GAAGAAACAAUGAAAGUAACAAUGCUUCCUUGACCUUCAUGGACACAAUUGCAUGCUAAUUUCGCGGUUUUUCACGACUCCUUUCAAAGUGAUCUUAGCGCAAUUUACCAACGUCUCGUCCACGUCUGCUGCCAAACGCACACAGCUCUGACAGAAGAGGGGGGCACCAGGACACAACCGAGCCAUGGGUUUCAUAGUACUUCUUUUCGUCACCCUAGUCAUUACACAGGCAUAUGCUGAGAAUGCACCAAACAACGGCGAGCAGAAAACAAGUUUCCAAAAGGGUUCACAAUGCAACUGCACUUGUAAAGAUGGAAAAGAUGGAAGAGAUGGCAAAGAUGGCGUUGUGACAGCCAAACAAUUUAAAGAAUUGAUAAAGGCGAUUGGAGAUUUGCAGGAAAAAGUUAGGAUAUUGGAAAAGCGAAAUCCCGAGAAGUCAUUGAAAAAUGUUUUCGCGCUACUACUUCGUAAUAGAAGGUUCCGGGCAAUGUUGAUGAAGAAGAUGCGUCGCCCACGAGGAUUUCUUGACGCAGAUUUUGAUCCUGUAAAAUUAUUCUUCGGUGAGAGCUUCAAUCUUUAUUCACACAUCACACAGCCACCCCCAACUAAAGCUCCUGCAACGUACCCAGAUAUCCUAGGAGGUGUCAAAGACAACACUCCGCAACUGAACAAUAAAGGUAAGAUUCCACAAAAGCUCCUCCCGAGUGGGUAUGACAAAUUAUCCGCCGCUGACAUCCAAUGGCAAGCAUUGCAUAUGGCUGCCGCUGCAUCCUGUCGAAGCAUAAAAAACAAGCCUGGAUUCCCUGGCAUUCAUAACACUGUUUUGUUGAGAAAUGCUGCCGAAGGUAAAUCAUGCAGAACUCUUUGCUCCCAAUCCUGGGCUCGUCGCUGUCAAGGGGAAGUUUCUAUCUGGGGAAAAGCUGGAAAGGGCACAAAAAAUGGAGAAGAGGUGGGCAAUUACCUCAACUUUGGAUGCGAUCUUGGAUUCAAUGGUGGUAGUGAAGCAUACGCAAGUGAUGAAGAUGUUUCAAAGGAGCUGCGUUCUGAGCAUCAGCAUCUGUACAGUUACUGCUGUUGCAGCUUCUAUUGAUGGCACAAAAUUUUCUUGACAGCAGCUGCAUUCCUCUUGGUUUAGAUCGAUUUGUUGUCAUGAUGAUUUCGAAGACUCUAAAAACUAAUAACGCUUUCAAUUUUCUAUGACAUGCUGGCCUUUUGAACGUAAGACCCGUGCUUCUACCCAUCUUUUCUCGAACUUCUAGUUGGAGCAGAAUACUUUAUUACUCCAAUGCAUCAACAUCCCUCCACAAUUUAGGAGUUAGAGUUAGAGUUACUUUUACCUAUUUAUUCCUAGUAUACUUAAUUCAAUAAUUUUUGUCGAGGUUCCAUUCAUGCUAUGUGUUGUAUUAGCACCCAAGAUACAAGAAACGAUGUAUGUUGAAGAAAAUUGAUGAAAAGUUAAACUCCACACUCAUUACGUUAAUCAAAUAAGCCUUUAACUAUUUUGGUUGCAGUGCACAUUUUGGUUGCACUAGUACAACAAACAAUUCCAAAAUUUUAUGAUGCGUGAAAUACCAAAAGAUUUCUAAACAGUGGUCCUAGCACGCCAGAGCCAGUUUGAUUCUAGAUAAUUGAAGAACAUCGAACUAAAGGGUGAUGAACUGUGAAGGUGUUUAGCUGACAUAGUAUUAGAAAUGAGUCUCCCUUAAGUUGAGAAAUGACGAAAUCAUAAAGAAAAAAUAAAGGGGAAUUCUUAAGCCUGUCAAACAUUUUUUUUCAGUUUAUGGUAAUGAAUCUGUUUACAAUUUAUCACUAGUGACUCAAAUAAUGUCUUUAAUGAAUAUUUAGGUUUUUUUCUUUACUUCAAAAAGCAAAUAAACGGUUUUGUGAGUACUUUAAAAAUAGACAGUAGAAGAUAUAACUUAUGCAGCCAAAACGCUUCAAGUUUGGCUCGUCUUAGUUUUAUAUUGUUUGUCUUUAGCCCUUCUACUAGUGUUCAUUGCAAAAUGCAUUUAUUAAGCUUAAAUUACUGCUAAUUGGCGGGGGUUGAUUUCUAACUACUUAUGAAUUAUAGCAUACUAUUUUCAUUGUUGUACUUACGUCCUGUGGUUUGAUUGUUGUUCUAUAUUAAUAUUGUUUCUUGAUUAAUCUUUAUAUAAAAAAGAGAUACGAAUGCUGA